UCCUUUCUUGAUCUACAUACCUCUUGCUUUAUUCCUCUCAUUUACGCUUAAGUCUCUAACUUCAUAUCAGUGUGGACAUUAGUAUUCCAGGAAUAAUGAUGGUCCGUCAGAAUUUUCUCAUUGCUGUGCUCUUUGGGAUGAUAUUGAGUGGGCUCAUUUACCUGAACAAUAUCCAGUGCAGCUGCAAUCAGCAGAUAACAGAACAAGGCUUCAACUGCAGCCAGCAGAUAACAGAACAAGGCAUCAUCAAGCCAAAAUGGAAGCAAAAGAUCUUUGGAUUGCGCUCAACACCAGGGUUGUUAUACAACCAGCCGAGUGUGCUGGUAGGUCGGACAGAUGUUGCUUCUGUGUCACCAUGGUCAGCUCCAAUCAUUUGGGAGGGAAACUUUGACUCUACACUGAUCGACUCUAUCUACAAACAACAAAAUCUCACCAUAGCAACUACUGUCUUCGCUUUGGGAAAAUACACACGUUUUGUCAAAGAUUUUCUGGAGUCAGCAGAGCAACAUUAUUUUGUUGGAUUUCGAGUACAUUACUACUUGUUUACAGAUCAACCAGAAUCAGUUCCUGAAGUGAAGAUGGGUGAAAACCGUAGUUUGACAGUUCAAAAUGUUCCGAGUCUGAACCGAUGGCAGGACAUCAGUAUGAGCAGGAUGGAAAAACUGGAAAACCUAAUAGAGAAUGAACUAGUCAAUGAGGCAGACUAUAUUUUCUGCCUUGACAUAGAUACUAAGUUCUAUGGCCGGUGGGGUGCGGAGACUUUGGGUCGUCUAGUAGGUGUGAUACAUCCUUGGUUCUUUGAUGCUCCAAGGAGUCAAUUCACAUAUGAGCGCAGACCAGAAUCUAAAGCAUACAUUCCCGCGGAGGAAGGUGAUUAUUAUUACGCUGGUGCUGCAUUUGGUGGCUCAUUGGAGGAUGUACAUCAUCUCACCAAAACUUGCAGGGAGCAACUGAACAUUGAUGCUGCAAACUCCAUUGAGGCAGUAUGGCAAGAGGAGUCUCACUUGAACAAGUAUUUUCUUUUGAACAAACCUAGUAAACUGCUCUCUCCUGAAUAUAUGUGGCGGGACAUCAAUGAAAAAGCAGCCCAAAUAAAAAUAGUUCGCUUCACUAAUGUACCUAAGAACUAUGCUGAAGUUCGUCCAAACCCGUAGCAACUGUUGCCAGUAUUCAGCUACACUUACAUGGUGUGUUCUCACAGCCCUCCAGUAAGACAUUGUGAGUCUGUUAACAGGUAAUACUGGCAACAGGGAAGACGACAUCUGCCACCAAGA